ACAUGUCCCAUAUCAUUGGAAAUACUGCGCUCGCGACAGCACGACUAUGGCAUCAUGUCGACGCCAAAGGUCGCACACUCGGGCCUCUCGCAGCCAAUAUUGCCAAAGUUCUUAUGGGGAAGCACAAGCCAAUAUACGAUCGUUCAGCGGAUGUUGGUGACCGUGUGGUUGUCACUAAUGCAAAGCAUGUCGUCGUCACUGGUAACAAAGCAGACCAGAUCAUGUACCGGCAUCAUACCGGUCGGCCAGGAGGGUUGAAGGAGAUUCCCUACAAGGUUAUGCAAGAGAAGCGGCCUGAUAAGAUCAUCAAGUUGGCAGUAUCAGGCAUGUUACCCAAGAACAAGUUGCGUGACAAGCGCAUGAGACGGCUCGUCGUCUACCCGGGAGAGAAGAACCCCAGUCUACGUAACAUUACUAAGAGGUGGGAUGAUGGGCAGAUGCCAGGAGAUAGUUUGAGUUGGACGAAAUCCCUGCCGUUCCCAGAAGAGGCGAAGGCGGCAUUGGAGGCACAGAAGGCGGGCGAAUCACCGACGGCGUAGCAUUGUCAUGUUGGACGAGAGCGGCAUUAUGAACCGCUGCAGACACUGCAGGGCUGCUCAGAAGUU